CCAAGCCAAAACUUCACUCUACAUUAACAAAAUCCCAUGGCCUUUUAAAGGAGGAAGCAAAGACAUUUAGAAGUGGAGGGAGAGCAAAGAGCAUAGCAAGCGGAGAGGGGCGAGAUGGAGGUGAUGGUGCCUGUCAUGGCGCCAAGCGCACCGUGCAGCCCAAGAACCGCGGCCAUCGCCGGCGGCGACCACCUCCCGGGCUACUGCUACUUCUUCUCCAGCGCCCCGACGAGCCCGUCCAGGGCGAGCUACGCCGGGGACGCCUCGCCGGGCGCCGCCGGCGACGAGGCCACGUUUGACUUCACGCUCGGCUUCAGCGGCCAGCUGCAGGAGGCCACGCCGAUCCUCGCCGACGCCGACGAGCUCUUCGAGGGCGGCAGGAUCCGGCCGCUCAACACGCCGCACCCGAGCAUUCUGCUGGUCGACGACACCUCCUCCACUUCGAACUACUCCUCAUCCACCGGCCCUCGGUCCCCAAGGAGAGCCGGGGCGCGCGGCGGGGAUCAAGCGGAGGCGCUGGAAAGGGGCAGGUCGGGAAGGCCCGCCGCGCCUACCUCCGCCGCUUCGUCGCGGAGCAGGAGAGCCACGCGGUCCCUAUCCCCGUUCAGGGGCGGCGGCGGCGGCGGCAUCGAGGACGACGAGUUCCCUUCUUCCCCGCCGUCCCCCCGAAGCUCCAUGAUGCGGGGCUGCGGCAGCGGGAGCAAGAAGUGGAGGCUCAAGGACUUGUUCCUCUUCCGGAGCGCGUCGGAGGGCCGCGCCACCGCCGGCGGGAGCAAGGACCCGCUCUUCAAGUACACCAUGCUCUCGUCCUCCACGUCCUUCUCGCACCCUCAGAAGCUCAAGAGCGGCGACGGCAGCGCGUCCAUGCGGAAGGGGCGAGGGUCGACGGCGUCCGCGAGCGACAUGCCGUACACCACGAACCGGGCGGCCGCCGAGGAUAUGCGGCGGCGGACCACGACCCCGCUGCCGUUCCACCGGAACAGCCUCUUCGGCUACCUGCGCUCCAACCCGGCCAUCCACAGCAUCAGCAGGAAGCUCGGCAACCACUCCUCCAAUCGCGGCAGGCCGACAUGAUCCACACGCACCGGUCGCAGCAUGCAUGCACUGGCGCCGCCGUUCUGAAACCUUGACGACGAUGCAGAACUGAAAUGGUCGCCGGAGAAGCGUGCGUCGCCGGUUUACUUGUCCAUUUUUCUUUUGUUAUUUUUGCUGCGUAUUCUUUUGUUUCAUGUAAACCACGAGGUUUCCAUACUAGUGUAGAUAUGUACGUACACGGUAUUCCCAAGGUAUUUUGCACAAAAAUAUCAGUACAUUUUUCCUCUGAUCCAUACGGUUAA